GUCAAAAAUGAGAGUGCUAAGACAAAAAAACAAACAUUCCCCCCAGUCUGUUUAGGGUUAAAGGGACUGAUAAAAAAACUCCCAACUUUUGUAGCAUUGCUUUUUACAGGUUUAUUCACAAAAGAUGACAGUUCAGAGAUGCAAUACAAUAUCGUUAUUUUACAUUUUUUUUCUUUACAUUAAAAUUAUUUUGUUUUAAGAGUUUUGAUCGUCAACAGAGUCUCCUCCUUUGUGGCUAACCCUGUAAAAUAAUAAUUUCAGAUCCUACCUGUCUAAGAAUGGUUGUUUCCAGUAUAAAGUUAAAUACUGGUAGAAGCAUACCUAGAGUAGGGUUUGGAACUGGAACCUCAUUCAUCAAUAGAGGAGAUGAUGUUACUCUAGUUGUUCAACAAGCAUAUCAGGCUGGAUUUAGAUUAUUUGAUGGAGCUACUCUUUAUGGUACUGAGGAAGGACUAGGACAAGGUAUAGAAAAACUAGGAGUUGAAAGAAAUACAAUUUUUGUAACAAGUAAAACUCCAGACUGGGCUUGGACAAAGGUAAUUCAAUUGAUAAGAUUAGGUUUUCUUUCACAUCUCAUCUUAUCAAGAAAAUUUGCCAACUCAAGUAUAUUUCGAGUUCUUCUCUUUUUUAAAAAAAGUUACCUUUUUUGAAAUUUAAGUGCAACUCAAAUUCUGAAUAAAAAAAAAUAAUCUUAUAUACUG